AUGCGACGCAUGUCCAAAGCGAACCCGAUUGCGCUGCGAAAUGAAAAACGCCACGAACGUCCUUACGGCUGCACUUGUCCCCACUGCGUAAAGCCCUUUGGUGUUCCCAGCAUCUCGCCGUCCCCAGCUGGCUCUGCACGGUCCACGAACCGCGCAAAGGAGCAAAUUGUGAGCGUCUCUUUUACCGGCCAGAAGUACAUAGCAAGCACGUGCGACAACAUGGAAUACCAGAAUAUCAAUCACAUUUCUGGUGCGGGUUUUGUAAUCGGGUUUCCAUUGAGUCAUGGUCCUGCGGCUUCGGAUGAACGGUUCAAUUAUAUUGAUAUUGAGCAUUUCAAGAAAGGGGAGAGGGGACAGGAUUGGUCUUCGCCUUUGCUUGAGAUGGAUUGCGGGGAAUUGGAUCGCGAGGCUCAGAGCUUCUUUGCAUGGUCUUUGUAUAGCGAUUUUUUGUUCCUUGCGAUUGCAGGUUGA